UUUGGUUGAUGCCGUGAAUUCCAUGGGCCAGACUUGUCUCUUCACUGCUGCCUUGCUGGGUCUCAGUAAAAUCGUGGAUGUGCUGUUGGAUUACGGCUCGGACGCCAAUCAUCGCUGUCUCGACGGGAGCACCCCAGUCCAUGCAGCUGCUUUCUCAGGAAACCAGUGGAUCCUCAGCAAGCUGCUGGAUGAAGGAGGUGACCUGAGAGCCCAUGAUAAGGAUGGGAGAACUCCUCAGCACUGGGCUUUGUCAGCCAGGAAGGAAUGCAGUGCCCAGAUGCUGGAAUUUAUCCAGCAGUGUACCCUGCACAUGCAGGCUGCCAUUCAGAAUUUCCCCUCUGAUCUGCUCAGGAAAGUUGGCUCAUCAAAGGCUCUGGUCUCCAGCCCCUCGAGGUUUGGUGGCCUUGUCCAGGGAAACAUUGACAGUGCUUUGGGUAGAUUACUGAAAGGAGAGGCCAAUGUAGCCAAGAACAUUUACAGCUUCGGUUUUGGGAAGUUCUAUCUUGCAGGCAACGGGCACCUGGGCUACUUGGCAUCUCUCCCAAUUAUUGGGGAAAAAGAAGUGGUUCAGGCAGAUGAUGAACCAGCAUUUUCUUACCACGUUGGGCCGUUCAUGAUCAUGACCAACCUCGUGUGGGGAGGCAGCAGAGUGACAGUGAAGGAACUGGGCUUGCAGCCCCCUCAGCACAGCUGGAAGCUGCGCUUGGCCGACCUCCUCCUGGCAGAGCAGGAGCACAGCAGCAAACUCCGCCAUCCUCACUUGCUCCAGCUCAUGUCUGUUUGUCUGUCCAGUGACCUGGAGAAAACCCGUUUAGUGUAUGAAAGGGUUCACUUUGGCUCCCUGUACAGCAUCCUGCAUGAAAGGCGUGCAGAGUUCCCAGUGCUGCAGACAGAGACCAUCCUGCACGUGCUGCUGCAGGUCAUCGACGCCCUGCGCUUCCUGCACUCCCGGGGCUUCAUCCACCGUUCCCUCUCCUCCUAUGCCAUCCAGAUUGUCUCUGCUGGGGAGGCAAAGCUCUGCAACUUGGAGUACAUGAUACAGAGCAAAGACAGUGGAGAGCACAGUGAUCUGACCCGAAUUCCUGUCCCAGUCCAGCUGUACAGGUGGUGCUCUCCUGAAGUUGCCCUUGAGAGAACUGUCACAGUCAAAUCAGAUGUUUACAGCUUCUGUGCAGUGCUGCAGGAGGCCCUGACAGAGAGCCCCCCCUGGAAAGGUUUUGAAGACUCAGUUAUUAAGCAGCUCAUGAUUUCAGGGGAGCAGUUGGAAGCAGAUGUCAGGCUGCCUAUGCUCUAUUAUGAUGUUGUCAAGUCAGGACUUGAACCUAAACAGAGGAACCGCUCCAUGAAGCUUCAGGAUAUUCAGUAUAUACUGAAAAAUGACUUAAAGGACUUGGUUAAGUCUCAGAGUGGUCAUGCUGAUGACAUAUCAAAGGCACGAAGACCUGCUGUUUUUGCAGAUGUGAACAUCUGUUGGGCAUCAGCUUUUAGCUGCCAGAGGAGAACAGUGGAAUUCAAGGAAAAAGAGACAGCCACGGCUGAUGGCUCUCCUGCCCCAAGAGACCCUGUUUUUCAUGAGGUGAACAGGGCUUUGGUGGUCCAAGAGGCAUCAACCAGUGUGCAGCCAGUUGCACAGGACAAAAGUCCUGAUGUGGCUUCUGAAGUCCAGACAACCCCCAGCGAGAGCGACGUGGAUGAAAGCCUGUGUAGCUUUGAAAUCAAUGAAAUCUUUGCCACUUAUCCAGAAAUUCACCAAGACUUCCUGGAAGGGGGAUCUGGGUUAGAUCAGACUCUAAAGGAUGCAGAAAGGCAGCAGAAGGAAGAAGAUAAGAGUCCCCUGGGAGUCCUGUCUGUGUCCUCUGGAGCAUCCUGUGAGGAUGAGGAGGACAGUGACUCCUCAGAGUCAGGCAGUGAGUUCACUGCAGAGGAGGAGGAGGAGGAGGUGAGUGAGGCCUCUGACCUGGCACAGGGGAGAGGAGAUGCUGGGAGAAGAGGGAACAGUCCUUCCCCAAAUGAGCAGCACAUCAGCAAGUGUGUCCUUAAUAUAAAGAUUAUUCAGAGCAUGUUGCAGCAGGCAGCAGAUUCCCUUUGCAGGACAGAGGAGAACCUGGACAGAUUAAAGGCCAUUGGAAAGCAAAAGAAGCUGCUCCAAAAAAUCAGAAUGAGUCAGCUUUCUAAGCAGAGUUUUCAAGAAGGACACUGCAACAGGUCUGAUGAUGCUUCCCAGAACACCAAUCACCCUUUUUGUGGAGUGAACACAUUUUUACCCAAAGCUGUGGGUCCACCAUCCAGUGACUGUAUUCCACCCUCCAUGACGUGUCAGGCUCAAGGAGCGUUGGGGGAAGACAAUUUCCAGGCUGUUUCAAAGACAGCCAGGGAAACACAGGCAGUUCAAAAUGAAAAGAGGAAGAGUAAAAUUGAAAGCAACCAUCAUGAUCUCGGCUGCAGCGCGAGGAAAAGCCUGGAUGAUCAAAUGAACCUAAACCACGAGCAUUUACUCCCACGUGGAUCUGCAAGAUGCCAAAAAAAGUUGAACUUGCAGUGUCAGAGAGGAGCUGAUUCACAUCCUGCAGCAAGAAGUGAAGAAUGGAGAUGGAGCUAUUCAAAGCCAAGAUCUGAAUUCUACAGCGAAAAAAUAACUGAGGAGAGGAGGAUGAUGCAACCAGACUGGAGGACUGAAGUGAAGCGAAUGGCCAGAAGAGUGGCCUCAGGAGAGCUGGAGCUCAGCUGUCCCUGUCCAGCCAGUGAAGGGACAUCUGAGAGUGAAGCAGAGAGUGCAAAGGAACCCUUCCAACACGUCACUGCUAGAGCCCAAAAAAGACAAGCCCAGCAAAGAUGUAUGUGGCAGCCAGGUGAUGAUGUUGUGCCUUGGAAUCCUGGCAGGGAGGAGAGAACUGAAUCUGAGGAGAGUGAUCUGGAGUCUGCACUCAGAAGUUCUGCAGGGAGGAGGUGCCAGUUGCCAUCACAGGAUGAACAAGCAGAGUCUGGAAUAGCCAUUCAUAAGAAUUCAGUCCUUCCUCAACAAGUUGAGAAUCUCUCUAGGGGACAUUCGAGGGAAUUGCAUUGUUCCCUUAGUUCACCUCCUGAUGUGUCUGAAGAAUUCUUCACUCCUGAUUAUUUCCUUCCUCCUGAGGGAAGUUCAGAACUAGAGACCUCGGAUACUGAGGGCAAAUCAGAAGAUGCUCGUGCAGGAUUUUUACAGAAACUGCCUAAAGAUGCAAAAUCAAGUGUUCAGACUUCAGGAGGAAAAAGGCUGUUCUGCAGCCCAGGAACACAGAAGUGUGGCAGUAACAAGCUGGGAGUGAGUCGACUGAACCAAAUGCCCGUAGUCAGUGUUGAUGCAGCACGAGAAGCGAUGCUGUGGGAGCCACAGGAAGGAUGCCAAGAAAAAGAUGUAUCAGUGGCAGAUAUUCAGGAUUUGUCCAGUAUCCCCUGUGAGCAGGAGAACUUCCAGAGGGAUGUGGAGUGUAAAACGCCCAGACUGUGUCAUGCACCGACCAGUGUCAGCACCCCCCUCGGCUCAGAAGAAAAAGUUCCAUUAGCCUUUGAAAAAUACAAACACUGCCAUGAAUUAGCAUCAGAUUUUUCCCUGUGUGGUUCUCAAGAGGCCUCCUCCACAAUGUUCAAGACAUUCACUACAGCCUAUGAAGGGGAAAGGAGCAUGGAAAUUCCAGGGGCUGCUUCAAGAGUUUGCCAGUUUGAACUGAAAGAGCCUGAUGGGUUGCCACCAGUUGUUCCAUCCUUGAGGAACACCAGGCAGGCACCUGCACUCUCUGAGGCAUCUCAACCCUCCAUUGAUGAGCUGCCUCCACCAGUCCAAGAGCUGCUGGAUGAGAUUGAACUCUUAAAGCAGCAAGAUUCCAUCACUCCAGACCUGAAAGAGGUGGGACUGCAGAACUGUGGAGUGCAAAUGAAUGUUCCCAAUCGAAUUAGAAUGGAAAGCAGAGAGUCAGAAGAAGAAUCUGAGAGAAAGGAGAAGCAAAAUCAGAGUUCAUGGACUAAGGAGUCAUUCACUCUAGCAGAGGACACAGAAAGGGCUCACUCUACUCUUGAUGAUAUUUUAGAAAGAAUGCUCCAUGCAGUUCCUGGAGAUGAGGAGGUCCAAGAACAACCUCGGGGACACACUCUUGGGGCUGCAAGCCUGCAGGAUCCAGAAGAUGCUGGAAGGAAGAAUGGAGUAGAGGAAAGAAGAGCUGGGGCUGGAGGCAGAGCGCCAGAAAGCUGUGCAGGGACUUCAGCAGACAAACACCCCAAAGAUCAGACAUCCCACUUGCAGCAGCAGCAGCUGUCUUCAGCUUCACCCUUCAGGAUAAUUGUUUUGGAUGAGAGCUCUCUCUGUGAUUAAAAUGGAUAAUGAAUAAGUUGUAACCUAUCAUCUACUUACUGCUGUUUGUACAGCCUCUGAAUUGUGGGGGUUUUUUGCCACAUAAACAGUUGUAAAGCUCAGACUUCUUUUAACUGCAGCAGCAAGUACAGAAGAAAAUCUGAUGUUCUAUGUUAUAACACUGUUUGUACUGGUUUUAUGCCAUCACUGCAGUAUCAAUAUCAAUAUCACAAGCAGUACCAAUAUUGCAGAACUGAAGUGUUUUCUCAGUAUCACAUCCUUGUGAACCUGCUACGUGGUGUUUUUUUCUCCUGCACGUGCCCAUUUUCAUAAGCACAAUAAUUUAGUUGCAUUAUGCAGUUUUUGAUGUUGCAAACAAAAUGAUUGGAAUCCUGUGGGCUGCUGGUGCUGCUCAGGCACUGGAAUUUUUCCAUGCUGGAGUGUGGAGCACUGUUACAGCCCAUGUAGUGUGUGUUUUUCCUUGCUCAUUAAAUUUAACAAGGUAAUUUCUUGUUUUCUCUUUACUUAGUGCUUUUGUGAUCUAGUGUUGAACUGAUUUGACUGAUUAAGGGGAUUAAUUGCUGUGCAAAAAGCUAAUGAGGAAAAAAGCAGUGUUCUCCAGAGAUUGCAAGUGCAGCAAUAUGUUCCCUGCCAGCAUUAGACAAGAAUAUGAGAAAAUGUGGGUAGUGUCAUGAAGAUACCUGUUGGUUUAAUUCAACCACGUUUUUGGUGGGAUGGAUAAAAAAAAAUGGACAUAAUUGAGCUUUGGAUUAAGAUAUUGAUGGGCACAGCAACUUCAUAUUUGAUAAAUAUGACUUCACAUGUGAUAAAUUCUGUUCACAUGCAGGAGGGAGGACUGUCCUGUUCCCUGUCUAACACACACAGGGAUUUUAGCUGGUUUUAUACAUCUGGGUGUGCCACGUUUGCCUCUUUGCUCCUGUUUUUGUAAAGAAAUGCUCCCCAUCUGUAACUGUUUGUUAAUUUGGUUUAACAACACUAAUAAAAGUUUCCAAGUUACU